GGAGGGCCGAAGCCCUGCACAGUGCGUGGGUGGCGUUUGCAUCGCUGUUCUUCAUUCUGGUUUCCAUAACCACAUUCUGCCUGGAGACGCACGAGGCCUUCAACCCCAUCAUUAACCGCACAUAUGUGAACACUCAAGACAACACCUCAAGGUUUCACCUGGAGACAGAGACGGUGGUCUACCUAACCUACAUUGAGGGAGUGUGUGUGGUGUGGUUCACCUUUGAGUUCCUCAUGCGUGUCACCUUCUGUCCAGACAAAAAAAAGUUCAUCAAAAACACCUUAAAUAUUAUCGAUUUUGUGGCCAUCCUGCCAUUUUACCUGGAGGUAGGCCUGAGUGGGCUGUCCUCUUCUGAAGCCAAGGAUGUUCUGGGUUUCCUCAGAGUGGUGCGGUUUGUUCGGAUCCUCCGAAUCUUCAAGCUGACUCGCCACUUUGUGGGACUGCGUGUAUUGGGACACACUCUCCGCGCCAGCACCAAUGAGUUCCUCCUGCUCAUCAUCUUUCUUGCUCUCGGAGUGCUAAUCUUCGCCACCAUGAUCUACUACGCCGAACGAAUCGGCGCCAAUCCUAAUGAUCCACGUGCCAGCGAGCACACCCACUUUAAAAACAUUCCCAUUGGCUUCUGGUGGGCUGUCGUGACCAUGACCACGUUGGGAUAUGGAGACAUGUAUCCUCAGACUUGGUCAGGUAUGUUAGUGGGCGCAUUGUGUGCUUUGGCUGGUGUGUUAACCAUCGCCAUGCCUGUGCCCGUCAUCGUCAAUAACUUUGGGAUGUACUACUCUCUAGCCAUGGCUAAGCAGAAGCUACCAAAGAAAAAGAACAAGCAUAUUCCCCGUGCCCCUCAGCUGGGCUCAGCAAACUACUGUAAGUCUGCCAUGAACUCGCCCCACCACAGCCCACAAAUCAGCGAACACUGCGCUCUUGCUGCCCAAGAGGAGAUUUUAGAAAUGAACAGAGCAGAUCCCAAAGUGAACGGUGAGGCAGCUAAAGCAGCUCUGGCCAAUGAGGACUGUCCCCAUAUAGACCAAGCCAUUUCCCCUGAGGACGGCCAGAUCUUUAACCCCAACGAGCCACGGGGAGACACUCCAUGCUUUCUGCUCAACGUUGGCAGACGGUCCACAAACACUGGCACCCGAGUGAGGAAGGCCGGAUUGUUCUCAGGGAGGUCAGGGGCGGAGCCGGCCGGCCCGACGCAUGGCACACAGGGUUACCCACUGCUGCAGCUAGGCUGGGCGCACAGCCCAGAAGACGGCCAUGCCAGGGUCACCACCUGAUAUCCAUGCCUGUUCAAACCGUGCUCACAGCA